AUGUCAGCUGUCAUCAAUCUGACGGCGAGGGACUUUCUCGAUAGAAUAUUCAGACUAUUUGACAUAGAUGGUAACGAUCAAUUAGUGCAAGAAGAUUGGAUUGAGUUCCUCAAGGAGAGGUUGACGGAAGAAAGACAGUUGGACUUCGUGGAACAAGUUGAGAGCGUAGCUUAUGUGUUAUGCGGCGAUGGAGUUAUAACACCACAUGCAUUUCAACUUAUACUCAAGAAUAAAGUGGUAACGAAGAAGCUUCUUCGAGCUGUCGAUACUGAUGGUGACGGUUCAACCACGGCUGAUGAAAUUAUGGACUUCCUAUCUGCCGUUAGUACUUCUCGACCUCGUGCAGGGAUAGACAAACCUAGCGUGGAUCGCUUAGAACAGCUUUUUCGAGACACAGUGGGAAACCAGCGUGAGAUUACUCGAGAAAACUUUCAAAAGAUACUUGUCUCUAAAAAUCCUUUUUUCACGGAACGUGUGUUCAAAAUAUUCGAUGAAGACAACUCUGGGACCAUUUCGAUGCACGAGUUCAUUGCAGCGGUACACCGUUUUGGAAGACAGACCGCGGAGGAUAAAAUUCGAUUCCUCUUUAAAGUCUACGAUGUUGAUGGCGAUGGCUUGAUCCAACAUCGUGAACUUCAAGACGUAAUGCGUGCAUGCAUGCACGAAAAUGGAAUGCACUUCAGCGAGGAACAGCUCUGUGAUCUUACGGAAGCUAUGUUUAGUGAUGCAGAUGUAGAAGGCAGAGGUGCUAUCACAUAUGAAGCGUUGAGAGAUCAGCUGAGUAAGCAUAAUGGGUUGUUGGAGAAUUUAUCCAUUAGUAUAGACCGCUGGCUGGUACCAACAACUCCAAAACCCAGACCAACUCUUCUAUCUCGUAUAUCCUCACUUAAACCCUACCAGCUGUCUCUGCCUUACUUCCGAAAUAACUACGUGUUCGUGAUCUACCUGGUGGUGUUCUCUCUGGUCAACUUGGCGCUGUUCGCGGCUCGAAUCGUAGAAUACUGGGAAUCUAAUGUGUUUGUUAUAUUCGCUAGAGCUUGUGGCCAAUGUCUAAACUUCACCUGCAGCUGGGUACUGGUUCUAAUGCUCCGGUGCUGCAUCACAGCCUUGAGGACUAAUGGGUUCGGAGCGAUUUUGCCUCUCGACCACCAUAUCUACCUGCACAAACUAACCGGUGUUCUCAUUAUUGUAUACAGCAUCGCCCAUACUAUCAUGCAUUUGUGUAAUUUUAGUUUAAAAGUGGUAAACGACCCAGUUAUUAACGCGAACAAUUACACAGUGUGGGAGUGGAUCGGAUCCACCAAGCCAGGUCUGUUUGGAUUGAUAGGUGGAUGUGCGAAUCCCACCGGUCUAGCUUUGUGUGUCGCACUCUUCGUAUUAGCGACUUGCAGCAGAGCUGCUGUGCGGCGUGGUGGAUGUUUCGAGAUCUUCUACUUCACUCACCUAUUGUACAUACCUUUUUGGGUGCUACUGUUAUUCCAUGCGCCCAAUUUCUGGAAAUGGUUCAUUGGACCUGGUACUAUCUACAUUAUGGAGAGGAUUCUUAGACUUACAUGGAUGAGAUCAGAACGAGGCAAGAGUUACAUAGCAUCUGGUAUUCUUCUCCCCUCUCGUGUUACGCACUUAGUGGUGAAACGGCCAGCCCUCUUCCAUUUCCAUGCUGGAGAUUACGUAUUCGUCAACAUACCAGCUAUCGCGCGAUAUGAGUGGCAUCCUUUUACUAUCAGCAGCGCUCCUGACCAAGAAGAUUUUAUUUGGCUGCACAUCCGCGGCGUGGGUGAGUGGACAAACCGUCUCUACUCUUAUUUCGAGCUAGAACAAGAACGUUUGCAUGGAACUUCUGACGGAAAGCACCAAAAAGUUGGCAGAACGAUUUCAGGCGAGAGCUGCAAUAGUUUGGCGAGUAAGAGAAAAGAUUCCGGGACCAGUAAGAAACGUUCAGUCGACUUUUCUCCGUUGGCUUUUGACAAUAAUGCCUUCUGUCCUGAUGAGGGAAACAGUUAUAAAGCCUUAUCACCUCAUCAGACCAUGCGUCCAUUGUUUCUGUCGCCGAUGAAACUAAUGGAGAAGUCACAUUCGAUGCCGGAUGUUUUCAAUAACAUGAAGAAGAAGCAGAAACCUUUUCUCUCAAGGGACUACCACAGAUCUGAAUCCGAGCAUUGUUUCGUGGAGACUCCGCGGUCUGGUCGUCUUCUUACUCGCGGCACCAAAGAUGCGGCUCUAGCCCACAGCUUCCGGUACAUGAGGACCAAACCUACCAUCAUAGCUUGCAGACCGCCAAGCGAGAGACGCCGUUCCAACGAAAGCAUUUUGAGCCUUGCUCGUCGUCGCUUCUCGAAAAGUCGUUCUCCAGAACGUGACGUUGAAAAAGAAGCACCGGCUAUCAAUAUCGAGAGCCCUUCUGAUGCUAGCUGCAGUGACGACUAUCCAGCUGGAAAACCGCUUGAGAUUUACCUAGACGGUCCCUACGGCGCUGCGUCCUCCCAUAUCUUCCGUGCUCAACACGCAGUGCUCAUAGCGGCUGGUAUCGGCGUUACUCCUUUCGCGUCCAUUCUUCAGGCUAUCAUGUACAAAUACCGUCAUUCGAGGGUCACCUGCCCUCACUGCGAGCAUACGUGGUCAAGUUUGCCUCGUACAGACAUGACUCUAAGAAAAGUCGAUUUCUUCUGGAUAAACCGAGAACAGCGUUCGUUCGAGUGGUUCGUGUCUCUUCUGUCUCAGCUGGAGAUCGAGCAGGCGGAAUCUGGUGACGCUGAGCGGUUUCUAGAGAUGCACAUGUACAUCACGAGUGCGUUACAGAAGAGUGACAUGAAGGCAGUGGGACUUCAGCUGGCACUGGAUUUGCUACAUGAGAAGGAAAAACGAGAUCUAAUAACGGGUUUGAAAACUCGCACAAAUGCGGGUAGACCGAACUGGGAUAAAAUGUUCCAGCGCAUACAGGAACAGCGUAAGGGCAAAGUGACGGUAUUCUACUGCGGACCACCGCAACUCGCUCGGGUUUUAAGGGUUAAGUGUGACCAAUUCGAUUUUGACUUUAGAAAAGAAGUCUUUUAA